UGCGACACUAAAACACCCCUACCGCCAGACCGCGAAGCAAAUGCAAUGGCUUGAGAUUGUAGAGCUACAAGAAGACAGCGAUUACCCGAGCUUGUUCGAGAAGAUCGAUAUGGCAGUCGGAACGAUUGAAGCAUGGGAGGACGGCGCGUACUUGUUUGAGAAUCUGAAAAAGGACCCAGACGCUCUGCACUUCUUCAUUCGCCAUAACGGUCUUUCCGACGUCGACGCCAGCGAGAUUCAGAGUGGUGAAGGGUGCCUCAUCUGCACCAAUACGUUUGACGACACAUCCCACCCGCCUCAGCAAGCGCCAUGCGGCCAUGUGCUAUGCAGGCCUUGUUUCGUCAAGUGGCUUCAUAAGUCUACUAGCGCUUAUACAUGCCCGCUGUGCCGUGCAUGUGUAAUUUGUGGCAGGAACGAUUGUCCACAUCAUCCCAUAACACGCGACAAAGCACCUCCGCUGCCUCUGCAAGGCUUUCUCAAGAAUACACUAUAUAGGGCAAAUGUCCCAUCAUAUGGGCUCACACCAGCGCAGUAUUGGAAGCUGAGGGAAGACACGCGUCAAGACCGAGCAAUGCUGGCGUGGAUUCUGGCUGUGAAAGGGGGUGUCGAUCAGCACGAUCCGGUUUACGCACGGCUAAGAACUGAUUAUGGUGAGAUUGAAUUGCGGAUUCGCCGCAUGAUAUCGGCAUCGGAUUUGCCUCCAUAUAGUGUCGAAUAAGCACCUGACACCCUGACGAGAUCACGAGUGAGGUGAGCUUUGCUCGUCCUUCCUGGUGCAAACCAAAUUGCAAGCGAACCUUUCUUUUAG